AUGGUGUCGUUGUUACUGCCUAGGCUUCAAUCCGAAUCGCACUCAUACUCGCCGCAUCUUUCCACAAUACACUAUUACCACCAGGAAGCUGGUAUUAUGACGACCGCAACAAUGGCUGCGCCAAGCAGACCAUCGCACCACAAUUACAGCUUCGCUCUCGAGCAGUACAUGCUCCUACAGGAACAGCACGAGGAGCUCAGCCACCAUCUGCAACAAAUUCGUCCGCGCCAAUACUCGACGGGCAGCAUAUCAACACGGUCCUCUAGCGUCUCGUCAGGCUCGCCACGACGGCGACACGCCCGAGGCGGGCGAACGCGGUGCAGCGUCGUUGCUGAAGCUGGCCUCGACACCAUCCUCGACGAGGAGACGCUCUAUGAAAUCUCAGCCGAGGAACAGCGCCUUUUCGACGUCAAUGAAAGCAUCAAGCGCGCACUAACAGAGCUGCUCAACUGCGACGCCGUGCGCUGCGACAAGUCAAUGCGUACGUGGGCGCAAGCCCGACUCAUGGAGACGGAGAAGGAGUUGCGGUCGGGGCGCCGGAGGAAGAGCUCUCCUUGCAUGGAGUAA